GUUAGCGGCAGCGGCAGUGGCAGUGGAUGGUGAAGAUUUGGCUUUGGUUAUCAUCUUAAAACUGAGAUUUAUUGCUGUAUUCUUUUAACGAAAGCCUCGUGACAUUGUGUUGAAUGGAAUGACCACCUCACAGAGAUGCAUUGAAUCCAAACCAUCAGCUCGGUUUGCUGACAUGGAGUGGCAGACGCCAGCUGUGACAGAGAAGUUCCAAAGCCGUUUUGGCCACCGACCAGGAACGGCGGACAGCGGAGACACUGGUCUUGGGACUUCAGCAUCUGACAGUGCAGAAGAUUUCUGCAGUUCAAGCAGCAGCCCCUCUUUCCAGCCCAUCCGCAGUCAAAUCCCAAUUCCCACUGCACAUGUCAUGCCAUCCACGGCCGGAGCCCCGGCCUCUAAGCCCCAUCCAUCUGUCCAGGAUGAGUCCCAGGUCUCUGAGGUCCAUAGGAAUUCCUCUGGUUCCAGAACACCAAGUGGUUUCGACUUCAAAGUCUUCGUCGUCUCCAAAUCGGCAUCUUCGCCCAACUUGGACGGCCCCACAGGUGUGGGCGGAGAUCCUGUGGGGCCAAAGUCCAGACUGUUUGAGCCGAUACCCGCAGCCCUCGUCAACGGACUGGACCACUCGCUUUUCCCGACAGACCACACGCGGGUGGAUGAGGGCCAGAGGUUUGACACUCCUGUUGUGGAACCUACGCUAAAUCAGCAGCCCUGCUUAGGGGGGAUAUGCUCUGAUCUCAGACUCCGAUUACAGAUGACUGGGCUGAGAGAGACUGUAGACUGUGUGUCAGAGGCCUACAGAGGAGGUAUGGAACACAGCUAUAAGGUUCUGCCUGAGACUAGGCCUGGAGUUCCCAGUACCGCUGAGCCGUCUAAUCAGAGAGGCAGUCCUCAUUGUGGGGUUGGAUCAGCUGGAAUAUAUGCAAGUCCUUUCAGCCUGACGCAGACGCAGACUUUGCUGAGGGAACAUGCAGGAACCAAGAGUUAUGACCCAUUGUGUCAGGAACGAUGCAGCGAACUCCCCAGCUGGCAGCAGCAACAUAAGCAGCAGCUGGAUAAUUUGCACCUGCAGGUAGAACAAAUGCUGUUGAUGAGUACUGGAGCUGGUCAGUAUCCUUUGUAUUCCUCUGUUCACCCAGCCAGUGAAAGUCUGCUGAAAGAGAAGGAUCUUAUUAUCGAGAGACAACAGCAGCAUAUGACCCAGUUGGAGCAGCGUCUGAGGGAAAGUGAACUGCAAGUCCACGGCACCCUCUUGGGUCGAGGAGCUUCUUAUGGAGACAUGUACAUGCUCAGGCUGCAGGAAGCUCAGAGGGAGAACGCGUUCCUGAGGGCCCAGUUUGCCGAGCGCACAGAUUGUGCUGUGCUGGAGAAAGUGGAAGCCGAGCGCAGACUGGGAGCCUUGGAGGCCGAGACUCGCCGAUUGACUGACAGCCUAAAGGAGAGCAGUGACAGGCAUGCAGAGGAGAUGAAGAAACAAGAAGAGAGGAUGCGCAGUCGAGACAAACACAUCAACAAUUUGAAAAAAAAGUGUCAGAAGGAGGCAGAACUGAAUCGAGAGAAGCAGCAGCGUAUUGAGACUCUGGAGCGUUACUUAGCCGACCUGCCAACCUUGGAGGACUACCAGAGCCAGAACAAACAGCUCCUGGAGGCUGAACAGCAGGCAGUUGUGCUUCAAGAACGAGUAAAAGAACUGGAAGAUCGUCUGGAGACGAUGCGCGCUCAACUACAUGAGAAAGACACACAGCUGGAGGAGCAGAAACGCAGAGAGAGAGACCUGUUGACCACAGUUACUGAUAUGCAGCAGCGGGUGCAGCAAGGCCUUGAGGAUGGAGCCAGACUGCCUUCAUUGGAUGUUGAGAAGCUUAGAGGAGAGAAUAUGGUUUUGAGAGAAGAGCAGCAGCGACUCAAAAAGGUUAUUGAGAAGCAACACAGGAUGAUGGAACAGCUUGGCUCCCAGAUCCAGAAUCUGGAGGAGCAGAUGUCCCGAGAGGAGAGCACCUCCCACGCUCUCAGACAAGAGGUUUUAGCCAAAGAACAGAAUAUGUUAGAGCUCCACAAGGCCAUAAAGGAGCUGUCUGCACAGAACCAGGACCUGAUGGAGCAGAAUCUCACCCUGCAGGACCAGUUGAGUACUCCGGAGCACAGGAGGGCUAACCAGGCCUCCUCUGCUCUGCAGCCAACAGGGGCUCAUCUCACACAGAGGCUCCAUGUGGAGAUUGCUUCCUGCCUCAGCGACCUGCGCUCACUGUGCAGCAUUCUAACCCAGAGAGCUCAGGGGCAAGAUCCCAACCUCUCCCUGCUGCUGGGGCUCACAACACCUCCACCAGUGGCUGAGCAGUUCGAGGACUGGAUGGAUCCAGAGGUCCUGCAGAAGAAGCUGGUUGAAGCUCAGCAGCUCCGGCGAGAUGUGGAGGAACUACGCAAUGUGAUAUUGGAUCGAUACGCUCAGGAUAUGGGAGAAAACUGCAUUACCCAAUAACCUCGUCACCUGGAUGACAGGUGAAACCAGCAUCCGUCCAUUUCACCUGCAAACCGUCUCAGACUGAUCAUGCAUGCACAGUUACGGAAUGUCAGAAAGAGGACUGAAUAUUAACUGACUUAAAAUGGGGACAGAGAAAAGCUCAGAUGCUUUCUUUUCUACUUCCUGCAGCCCGCCUUUAGCUGAGAACCUUCCCGUCCUCUGCAAGUCCGUCUAUUUCUGUCCAAGGGCUGAAAAUAUCUUACCUCCGAUACUUGAUCCUUAAGCGACGUGUGUUUUAAUAACGAUGAUGUGAUACUGUCGGCUACCAAACAGUCUUAUACUAUAUAUAUUUUUUGUUCUUGUUUAUUCUAGUGGAUUUUUGUGUUGCUGACCCACAAAAAUAACUUAUUUAAAUUUGUUUUCCCUCUAGAGGGGAAUAAUGCAAGAUGUGGUUGACAAUCAACUGAAACUGUGUGUUUGUGUGUGUACGUGUCCGUGUUUAUGUGAGGUUUUUGGAGAAAUGUUAGGAAUUUGCCAUCAUUUGAGAAUGGUGAACACUGUAACAUUAGAAACUGCUGUGAGCUACGAGAGCGAACAACCAAAUCAGCAUCUGUCAGGCCUGAAACUGUUUAACUACCAAAGAUUCUCACGCUGAAGCAGUUACGUGAGUCUGAAUGUUUGUGCUUGUUUGAAUGAACACCAACAUGUGCCUUUUUUGUCAGUUUUUUUGUUUUGUGUUGUUUUUGUUUUGGUCACACAUGCAACAAUGCUAACUCAUUAGAAACCAGCCGCAAAGCGUACAGCAGCAGACCAGAAUACAUUCCCUGACUCUGAAUGUAGCGGUUAACUUUGGGCCAUGUUGCAGUUUGAAGAGGCCCUUACUGUUUGUUUUUAAUUCAUCAUUCUGGAUAAUCUCAAAAAUAAUAUGACCGAUGUAGAUGAGUAAACUCACAGUACUUUGUACAUUUCAGGUUAAUAAUAGAAAACUAAUUCAGCAGGUUUAAUAUAUGACUGAGAAACAGUGUUAACCUUUGCUGUGUAUUUUUUUUUUUUUCUGCGUCGUUUUUGUGAAAGCAUUCUGGGUCCUCCCGAUGUGUAGCUGUAAUAAUAUUCUAACGUCCCUCAAACCUGUUGUCAAGUGUGCAAAGGUCCCAUGAAGUGGUUUGAGAUUUUAACGUCUGCAUUUUGUUUUUUGUUUUUUUUUUGGGUCCACCAACAUGAAGCACUCAGUGUCUGUCCCAUAUUUAAUGGCAGGAGAAUUUGGGAGGGGCCGCUUUAAUCCCAGAGGGGUGAGGCUGAUAUUCUUUUCAGUAUAGGACCUUUAAACUAGAUUAGCACAAGAGUUGUUGUUAGAAAGUCAGGAUCCGCAUGCCUUAACAUCUCAAAUGUUUUGCUAAAGGGAAAAGAUGUUUAUAUUUUCAUACUUUGGUUAUUCUUUGUAUUUGGAUAUUUUAGAAAUAAAAAGUUAUGACCUUCA